AUGGGGGGAGACAGCCUCACUGAGGUGAAGGUGAAGGAAAAGGCGGAGUCUGUUAUUCUGCCCUGUAGAACCAAAGCUGUCUUGAACAAGGACACGCUGGUGGAGUGGACUCGUUCUGAACCAUAUUUUGGCUUCGUUCACGUGUUUCCAAAUACAAGUAACCACUACAGGCAACAGGAUGACCUUUACUGCGCUCGCACAGAGAUGAACGUAGAUCUGCUGCAGACUGGAGACCUGAGUCUGACCCUGAAGUAUCCCACAGACAGAGACAGUGGAAGUUACAUCUGCACCAUCUACAGAGACCAGGACAUCCUAAGACAGAGAGUCGUUCUGCAUCACGUCAAAGAAGAGCGGUUUCCAAUAUGGGCCAUAGUUCUCCUGAUAUCUCUGCCUCUUUUGUCAAUGGUUGCUGGAGGAGCCAUCUUUCUUUUCUGGUUCUAUCUCAGAACAGUCCCCAAGGUGGAGGUGGAGUCAGGAUCAAAGUCUGUCGAGCUGCCCUUUAAAACCAAUGCUAACCUUCCUGAAGAUGCUAAAGUGGAAUGGAGGGACGAAGAAAACUGGACAGCCCAUGUGUUUCAGAACGGCGCUGAACAGCCCAAUCAGCAGAGCUGGUACUACAGAGGAAGAACAGAAAUGAGGCCCAAUGCUCUGAAAGAUAAAGACCUCAGUUUGACACUGAAAUAUCCAACAAAAUCCGACUUCCUCACCUGCACCGUCUACAGCAAGGAGGGAAAGAUCCUUCUGCGGGGGGAGGUUCUCCUUCAGGUCAAAGUCCCUGAGGUGGUGGAACCAGGGGAAGUGUCUGUUGAGCUGCCCUGUAAACUCAAAGAUGAGCUGAAGUGUGAGGUCACUGAAGUGGUGUGGGUGAACAGCAGAGGCAGGAUGGUCCAUAGAUACGACCGUGACAAACACCCCCCUGAAGAACAGUUCUAUACCUACAGACAUCAAACAGAAUUAAAGACAGGCUUUAAGGAAACAGGAGACUUUAGUCUGACUAUAAAGUAUCCCACAGACUGGGACAAUAAAUUCUACACCUGCAAAGCCUACAGAGAAGACACGACCAUCCUGAUGAAGAAACGAGUGAAGCUACGGGUCAAAGAGUGCCAGGUGGAGGUGCAGGGUGCGUCUGUCCAGCUUCCCUUCCAGACGACACCUGAGCUUCUGCAGGGAUGCAGAACUGUCUACAUAUAG